AUGAAAUCCACCACCAAGAACACCAACCUGCGUCGCGGACCAAGACCCAUGGGGUCUUCUCCAUGGAGGAUGAGAUUCGCUCAUCAACGCCCACAAAUGCCGGCAAUGAGUUCCACGACCACUGCCAGAGCAGGAGAUGGUAACAACCUCAGAAUCAAUAGAGAAGAGAUGACGGGAGUUAGCGAAGACAGAGGAAGGACGAGGAUGUGCUUCUUGUCCUCUAUCAUUCAGGAAGCAUUGGACAUUGGUGACGACUCGAAUUUUUGCUCCGAAACAAACACGAGGACGACCCGUACUCGCACCCGCUCCAACGCUACGGACAGCACGAGCCUACCUCCUUCAAACUAA